GGGUGCGUAUCGGUGCGUUGUUCUGCUUGUUCGUUGGCGCCUGUCUCUUGUAUUUUAUUAGUGUAUUAAAAAGCGGAAAUAAAGAGUUGAAAAAAGGGAAGUCAUUGAUGGGGAGAGUCGCGUCGUAAAAUCAGUUGGUCGUUAGUUUAAAACGUGUUUUGUGUCACUAAGCUGUUGUGAUUAAUGUAUAAAAAGUUUUAAAUAUACGUAUUUUGACAUCGCACCGAAUGCACGUUGGCGACGAUCAACGUGUGUCUCAUUAUAUUUACGAAAGAGUGGAAAAUCGCCGUGUAUAAAUCUUCAAAUUGGUAUCUAACGAAUCGUACGUUUAGUUUGGCGUUUGCCAUGUUUUUGUGUCGCAAGGAAAAAAAGCGUUGAGAGUAUAAUCGUAAUUCAUGAAAUAACACUUAUCUCGAAACGUCAGUUUUUUGGAAACUAAAGCAUCGAUUUUCACCUCCUCAUUUCCUUGCGAUAAAAAGUAAUCAGGCGAAGAUUUAUUGUAACGAGAGAACGUUGGCAAUGCAAACAUUUUGAAUUUACAGUAGAUGGAAUGAAAAUAAUGAAAUUCAACGGUUAGUUUCGAGUGGGAAUAAUGUGCGGAGGAUCGUGAAGAAAAAAGAGAGAAAAAAGAGAAAAUCGUAAUGAGAAAUCGUUCUUAAUAUUAAAAGUCGUUGAAUUGUGACUCGAAGAGGCCGAUCAUUCGCGUAUCCAACGAAAGAACAACAACAACAACAAUAAUAAAGUGAAGCAGAGAAAAAAUUGAUGCGUCCUGCCUCGCGUGCUAAAUUGGCGAGAUUAAAAAACGAGCGUGCCCGAUUUAACGUUGGCUGGAAUUCUCCGUGCGUCGGAUUUACGGACUGUGACUGUGAGUUUGAAGAAGAAAAAGUAAUUACCGAAAAAGCUCAUGAAAAAAGCGGUCAAAAAAAGCGAAAUAAAUAAAUAAAUAAAUAAAUAAAUAAACACAAAGAAUCAAAGAACUAAAAAUGUUCUUCGCGUUCUGCACUGCGAAGAACGCGCUGGUUCUCGAUCACCAAAUCCCCUCCUCGUCCUCGAUAAUCGACUGGGCCAACGCGCCCAUCUCUCUCGCUUAGUUCGUGUAAACAAACGAACUGGAGAUCGCGAAAGGAGAAUAAUAGGAUACGAAUACAAAGAACUCGGCAGCUCCUUCAUGCCCGGGAACAAAAAAUUGUAAACAAAACGAGACUCUUCUCAACACGCUCGUCCACUCGGCAGUGGCUCUUCACCGCUCAACUCAACUGACUCUUCUUCUCUCCCGGUUACCGCGACGAGCGGGGGUGGGGGGUCCCACAUUUUUUUUUCGAAAAAUCUCGCAAAAUCCAAGUACGAGGAAAGGACUGCUUCGUUAAUCGACGUUGGGACGAUCGGACUCUCGCCGGUCCGCUCCCCACCAUAACCUCGAACGUGAAAACGGAAGUCAUAUGCCCAUACGCGCUCGCAAAACGCUUGGAGCCUGCGAAGAAAUCGAAAUGGUCGAGCUGAGCGGUGGGAACGGUCAGCCAAAUGCGAUGCAUCAGGGCAUCGGUUUGGGAGUCGGGGGAGGAGGUGGGGGAAUACAACUGGGCCCGAUGACGGUUGGGAUCGUGUCGGCGCCGACGUCGUCCUCGUCGUCCUCGACGACGACGACGACCGGGGCUUCCUCGUCAACGACAUCCGGACGCGCCGGUGUCCUCGAGACGCAAGUGCGCGGCCAGUGGUAUCGUGUUUUCGUUUCGCUCGAGGACGAUUAUCUUAGCAUAUCGCUUGACGAGAGCUGCGAAAAUGUAUUGUCCGGCACCGCGAUGAGUGGCACCUUAAACGGCAACAUAAACAACAACAAUAUCGACAGCCUCAAUGAUCCGGAUGUACCCGAUUCCGUUGCUAAUCAAAAGAGAAUCGUUCGCGUCGUUAAAAGUGACAACAAUGGCCUCGGCAUAUCAAUUAAGGGGGGCAAAGAAAACAAAAUGCCGAUACUCAUAUCCAAGAUCUUCAAGGGCAUGGCCGCUGACUCGACCGAACAACUGUACGUCGGUGAUGCAAUAUUGGCCGUCAACGGGGAAGAUCUCCGCGAAGCCACUCACGACGAGGCGGUCAAGGCACUCAAGAGAGCCGGAAAGGUCGUCGAGCUUGAAGUUAAAUACCUGAGGGAAGUAACGCCGUACUUCAGGAAAGCCUCGAUCAUCCAGGAGGUCGGGUGGGAAUUACAACGAGGAUUUUUGAGCGCAACACCACCACCACCAAAAUCACCACCCCGGGCAGACACGCGUUAUCUGCCCUUGCAGCUAUGCAGACUCACGAGGGCGCAUCACUCGUCCGAUCCCGAAGGUCGUAUCUUAGAGCUUCAUUCGCCAGACGGAGUCCACGAGUGCUGGCUCCGUGCCUCGGACAACGCCGAAGCCAGCGUCUGGUUCAACGCCCUUCACUCAGCCCUCGCAGCCCUCACCCUCAAAGCACUCAGAUUGGCUUCUGCGCUUCCAGACCCACCGCAGUUGCAGCACAUUGGCUGGCUCGCGAGGAGACACUGUUUACAGAAUGGCCGGGCGAGUAGUGAAAGCAGCGAGGACGGAGCUGGCAGCAGCGCAAGCACCUCGAGGGGAGCCGGAAGCGGUUUUGGUCUUGGGGGCACGAUCGGUUGUGCCGGUGGUUGGCGCAGCGUUUUCGGGGCGGUUUCCGCACGGGAAUUAAGGCUCUACGAAUGUGCACCAUGGAGUCCAGAGGCGUGGGCAUCGCCCAGCAUAACUUGUCCUCUAAUCGCGACGAGACUCGUUUCCUCGCCAACGAGACAAAACGAACAGGCUUCCAGCAGCAGCAGCAGUUCGGUCAACCAGCACGGAGCCACUUUCGCGGUGAGGGUAGGCACGAUGGACGGCGUAAUUACUCAUCAUUUAAGGGCGGAAACGAGAAGAGAUUUGGCUGCGUGGGCGAGAGCCAUCGUUCAAGGUUGUCACAUGGCGGCGCAUUCUUUGCGAGAGUACACAUUGAGGUGUCUAUGGCAAGGAAGACCUUGCCAGUUGGUCGUGAACCACGAGGAAGGUUUCGUCCUCUACGCGGCAGGAACGCGGGGAGUUGGAACGGGCAAUGGAACGAGUCCAGGAUCGCCGCCGACGCCACUGUGGAGAAGAUCCUUCGACAAAUUGAAAAUGUCUGCGGACGACGGAGCUCGUUUGCUGUGGCUUGAUUUCGGUGGCGAAGACGGAGAAAUUGAGCUCGACCUGGAGAGCUGUCCGAAGCCGAUAGUCUUCGUGCUCCACAAUUUUCUCUCAGCGAAGAUCCAUCGCCUCGGUUUGACAGCAUAGGGGUACGAGGGGACCUCGUGCGAGGUCCCCGAUCUGCCGCCUCACACGACGAGGUCCGUAACCAGUGUGUUUCUCCACUAAUAGCAAAAAAGUCCUUAAAUCAAGUGAAAACGGAAACUUGGUGAAUGAAAAAGGAAAAAUGAGAUGAGGAAGGAGGACGAGGGGGUUGGAAACGGGGGUCGCGAGGACGGACGCUGCGUUGCCCUGAAGAGCCCCAAAAACCUCGCGACAGUCGAAGAAGGAUGAGGAAAAAUGAUGAAAAUAUUUAUAAAUAAAUGAAAAGAGCGUGCGACGAAACGAAUAAUAAUAAUAAAGAAUAAUGAAUAAUAAAUAUUAACAAUAAAUAUACGAGUGCGCGUGACGAAGAGCCGGAACAAGUGGAUUUUUCCGGCCUGCGUAAACCCGAGAGCCAACGACUUAACUUAAGAAAGUAAAUGAAGACGAAGAGGGAUAAAAAAAAAGGAAGAAAAGAUGAUUAAAUAAAUAAAUAAGCGAUCGGGGAGAGCUGCUAAACAAAAAAAAAAUAGAAAAAACGAUUGAUCGACUCGGAGCCAUCCAAUAAUAAAAAACAGAAAGAAAGAAAAAAUCACAAAAACAGAAAAACCUUUUCCCUCCCUCCUUUUGUCCCGCCCCCAUCCCCGAUACUGAGAGAUUCGAAUUUUUAAUGAACAAUUGUUAACGAUUACGAGAUUGAUCGAGGGUAGUGCGUGACAAAACGGAAUAACGAAUAAUAUUUCGUAAUUUAAAAAUGAAAUAUAAUAAAAUAAUAACGCGAUGCGAAACGUAUGAAUUACGAAUUAUAAAAUGAGAUAUGAAAAACGAACGAAAAACUAUGAAUCGUCGAUGAAGAUCGUGGUUAAAGAAAUUUUUAGGAAAAAAGAUACCGCUAAUAAUCAACGCGCCUAAGUAAGUGAGUGAUUAAUUAUACAUAAAAAAAACACACACACACACACAUAGAAUAGUGAUUAAUGAUGAAAAGAGAAGAAUUAAUUAAGCGUCGUACUGAACGAGAGAGUAAAAGAAAGAGAAAAAAGAGCGAGAGAGAGAGAGAGAGUGAGAAAGAGAAAAAAUACGCAUAAAUAUCAAUAAAUAUUGUCAUUAACGAAUUAUUAAGGUAAAUAAAAAAUGAAAAAAAAAAAACACACACACACACAUUUCGCAAAUCCGCAUUUUCCGAAUCUACCUAAGAAAAUUCGGAAUUGUGAACGAGAAUUAGUUCAUUUCAGAGAAAAUAUUAAAUAAAAAUGAAGAUCUAGCAAAAAACGAAUACAAAAAACCCGAAUAAAUAAAUGGCUCAUUUGUUAAGGUUUAAAGUGCGCUUCUCGUUGAAAUAUGAACACAGUAUUGUCUUGAUUUUUAUCAUUCUUUCAUUCUUCUGACACACUAUUGUUUCGUUGUUGAAGAAAAAAACAAUGAUUGAAAUUAAUGUUAAAGAAAAAAGUGGUAAACGAAUGAAAAAAGUGUUGGUCGUAAUAUUAUUAUGAAUGAAUUAUUAAUUAUCGUUAAUUAUUAUUAUCGUAGAAUUGUUUCGACCUAAAUUGUUCGUUUUAAGGAUUAAUAUUGAAGAAAUUUUAGUACAAUUAACGUUACGAUGGAAAAAUGAAUGUUUAAAUAUUUUAUUUCUCAAUUUAAAGAUUUAUUUUUCAAUGCGUCCAUGAAUAAUGGAAGCAACAAUACUCUGAACUAUCGAUUAUUAUCAAUGAACCAGCUUUUUUUAUAUUUCGAUAAAAAUAAAGAGAAGAAAAAAACAAGCAAAAACGUAAAAUGUAAGACGAAAAAUGUCACGUGCAGCGAGAUUCAAAGCGCCCUAGUUGUUUUAUACGGUUCGUAUCCUUGUGCAAUUAAAACUAUAAGAAAGCGAGAGCGAAAUAAAAGUGUGUAUCGUGCGGUGAGGAAUCAUUAUAAUUUACGAACAAAGAGCGACUCUUUUCGGAGCGACGUUGAAGAAACUGAGGAAACGAUAAACGAUAAGGAUUUUCGGAAGACAACAACGAAACGACGACGACGAUGACGACUAAAGUUAUUCUGACCGAGAAGAAAAUUCGCACCGCAUCCUCCGUCGAUUUUAUCGACGAAUUGAUCGGAAAUGGGCUUUUCAUCAAUGGCCAUUAAUCUGAGCUCAUUGCAUCGAAUUUUUUCACCUCGCACCCCACGAAAUUCUGAAAAAAUGAAAAAAUACUGUAAAAACGAAGAGUGAAUUUUUCGUGUGUGUGUGUAUGCGCGUGUGUAAAAAUCUUUGAAUGCAUGAAUGAUCGUGAACGAAACAAAGUCCGAGUGAAACUCGAGUGUGACGAUUCAAAGUAAUGAGCGAAUAAGCGAAGGGCAGGCGAGAUGAUUUCGAUUGAACUUUUAAAACUUACGAAACCAUACUAACGUUCCACCGAUAUAGUAGAACACGAUUACGAUAUCGAUCGUUUCGAAAGUCGUCCACUGACCCAGAGCCGUACAAUAAUGACGUUUUUUGCGGUUAAGUAGACAUAUCAACGAAGUCACCUUAUAACAAUAAUCUAUUUCUUGUUUUUGUCUCUCGUUUUAUGAUCUUCCACCGUGUUUUCAAAGUCAGCAACGAUUCGAUCGAACGGUUACGUCAAUUUCCGUAACUUCUUCGCGAAGCAAUUCUAAUGUUUUUUUUCCUCUUUUCACGGUCACGAUCGAAAUUUAAAUAAUCACUUUGCAUAUUGGAUUGUUUUUUUGAGUUUUCCUCAAACUUUCAUUCAGUAAUUCAUGAAAUUUUUGACUCUAAUGUUCGCUUUCCAAAAUUUCUUCGUGAAAGUAUUUGAAAAACCUGUGAAAGGCUGACGAAGAAGAAAAAAAAUGAAAAUGUUUACCCAUUUUUUUGCCCAAUUGAUCGAUCGUUGAUGACGAGAAUUCACAAACACGUGAACACACUCACACACAUAUAAAGAAAACUAACACAAAAAACACUGAAACUCAUGACACGUGUUGAAAGAGCGUUUAUGCGUUGGAGAAUAAAAUCUCAAGUAACUCAAAUUUGUUUCGAAGAGUUUAAUUAGCUCGUAAAUUAUGUAUUUUUCUAAUGAUUUUAGCCUCGUAUCAAAAGAGAAAAGGGAGAGAGAGAGAGAGAGAGAGAGAGAGAGAAAGCAAAGAAAUAAGAAAGAAUGAAUAAUAAACGGGAGAGAAAAUAAGAGGGGAGCGAGCCAGAGGCCUGUGAAGAAAAUUUUUAUUUCUCUCUGGCAAAGAAUGAUUCAGCAAAGGAAUAUAAAAAAAAGAAGAAAAAAAAAGAAACACAGAUAAUUAUUAACGUAACGAAAAGUGUGACCCCAAUCCCGGUCCCUUGAAUUGUCCUAUCGAUUUUUUUAUUUAGAAAAAAAGAGUCAAACGUCAAUGACGAAGAAAAAGAAACUACGAUGGUUAAUGUAUGUAUGCGUUACCAAAUAAACAGAACGGUUAGAGCAUCGACUGGUUGAACAUA